CUGACACGGCCGACAAAAACCACUCCGGUUGAUGUGAAAUGAUGACUUAGCUCACAGCGUUACAGGUGACUGGAGAGAGCUGGGAGCGUCUGGGAGCCGGAGGGGCGCAGCACACGGACCUAAAAUACAGAGAGUGCGCUGAUGGAGCCGGUACUGUGAGCUUUAGGUGAAUCCCCAACCUGUGAGUGCAGUCCGGGACCAGCACGUCACCCGAAUGACGGGAUAUGAGACAAUGAAGCAACUAGGGACGGCGGGGAUAAAACGAGUCCAAGUCACGGGAGUGGAAAAGCGCGUGCGAUGACAGGCGACGCAAGGGACAGAGAAGAGGUAAAGCAGAGGAAAGUUAUCUAGCUCAUUAGUAGGGCUCCUCGUGUUGGAUAAGAACACGAAAUAAAAGCCAGAACAGAUGUGCCACGCGUGCGUAAUUCUAUAAAGAAAUCAAGUGGGCAGAAGCCAUUUUUUUCUUUUUUCAAAAGACAAGACCAGAGACAGAAAGGGAGAAAAUCAUGGAGCCGGAGGGGACCACAGAGGGACAAGCCACAAAUAUGGCACAAUCUGCCGCCACCAAACUGUCCCAGAUGAGCGAAAGAACUAAACAAUUGGGCAAUGUAAUCCAAGACCCAGAGCGGCAAAAAAGGAUUAUUCUAGUAAUAGUCUGCAUAGCACUUUUGUUAGACAACAUGCUUUACAUGGUAAUUGUGCCAAUUAUACCCAAUUACCUCGAAGAGCUACAGAAUGCAGCGGAUCGUGCCGCGUCUGUUGUACAGCACAUCAACUCCACUAACAGCACUAUCCACACAAAGGGGAACUUCGACCUACAGAUUGGCUUUUUUUUCGCCUCCAAGGCCAUCCUGCAGCUCCUGGUGAACCCGCUUUCUGGUACUUUUAUAGACCGGGUCGGGUAUGACAUUCCACUCUUCAUCGGUCUCAGUGUCAUGUUUCUCUCCACUCUUACUUUUAGUUUCGCUGAAAACUACGCGACUCUGUUCCUGGCGCGCAGCAUGCAGGGCCUCGGCUCUGCUUUCGCAGACACUUCAGGGAUCGCGCUGAUCGCAGACAAGUUCUCAGAGGACGCGGAGAGGAGCAAAGCGCUAGGUAUCGCCUUGGCUUUCAUUUCUUUUGGAAGUCUUGCGGCGCCCCCCUUUGGAGGGGUCCUAUAUCAGUUCGCUGGGAAGCGGGUGCCUUUCCUGAUUCUGGCCUUGGUCUGUCUAAUUGAUGGUAUAUUGGUCCUGGUUGUGCUGAAACCCUUCUCUAAUCGAGAGAGAGAAAACAUGCCAGUGGGCACUCCCAUAUAUAAACUGAUGAUUGAUCCUUAUAUAGCUGUAGUGGCUGGAGCUCUGAUCAUUUGUAACAUCCCUCUCGCCUUCCUUGAGCCCACUAUCGCUAACUGGAUGGAGGAGACCAUGCAUGCCAGCGAGUGGGAGAUCGGUAUGACAUGGUUCCCUGCCUUCUUCCCUCAUGUCUUAGGUGUAUUUCUCACUGUCAAAUUAGCAGCCAAGUACCCUCAUCUCCAGUGGUUUUACGGGGCUAUAGGGAUGGUGUUCAUAGGCGCAAGCUCCUGCACAGUGCCAGCCUGUAAAAACUUUGGACAGCUCAUGAUGCCGCUGUGCGGAAUCUGUUUUGGCAUCGCCUUCGUGGACACGGCGCUCCUGCCAACACUUGGUUUCCUGGUGGAUGUGCGACAUGUGUCAGUGUAUGGCAGUGUGUACGCCAUCGCAGACAUCUCCUACUGCGUGGCCUAUGCCCUGGGGCCCGUGGCGGCUGGACAGAUAGUGCACGACCUGGGCUUUGUUCAACUCAAUUUAGGUAUGGGUCUCGCCAAUGUACUUUACGCACCGGCGCUUCUUCUGCUGAAGAACGUGACACAGAUGAAGCCUUCCUUCUCCGAGCGAAAUAUGCUCCUGGAGGAUGGCCCAACAGGACUGUAUGAUACAAUUAAGAUGGAACAACGAGAGAAGAAGAGAAAGGGGUUGUGCACAACGAUCGACGAGAACGGAAUCGAAACGUUCGCGCAACGUUCGCUUUCCGAGGAGGAAUCCUCAGGAGGAGAGUAUGCGUAAAAGACCUUUAACUGAGUGUAAAACUAUCAAAGUGCCCAUGUAAAGUUGUGUGCAUCCCGUCUGAUCCAAUCAUUUGCAUAACACGAUUAGGAUUGUGUAACAACAUACAUUAUGUACUGCUUCUGGUGACAACUCCUCCGGGUAUAGUCAAAUCAAAUAGCUUCAAGCCUGUGCAGUAGAAAGGCGCUCGCUGGCGUUUGUUCAUCUUAAAGUGAGAGUAUUGUGAACGAUUUGUUGAGAUAAAUGUCUAUUCAUUAACAGUAUUUAUCACUGUAUCAGAAAAACUGACUCAUAUCGUAUUCAGGGAUUAUGUGUAAAUGUAUUUUAACAAAAGAACACAUGUAAUGUACUGUAUAUGCGUCUUUCAGUGUGACCUGUACUCAUUUUGCCAGAGUUGUGCUGCUAAACUCAAUAUGCAAUACUGUGUGUCAGAUUUAGAAAGAUACAACAGAUGGACGUGAACCGAAACCUGCGUCUUGUUGUCUGUUUAUUUUGUUUUUGGAUGAUGUACUUCUGGAAUGCAUAGCCUCGUUGUAUGAUCUGUACAUACAUGUAUAUUCAUGUACAUAAUUAAAUCAUCAAUAUGUGAA